CUGAGAUGAAUUAUGCGAUAAAAAUGUAUAGCUGUUUACAGAAGUAACGCAACUGCCCCUCCAUACCCCACCAUAACUUCGAUGUGAGCUUUGAAAGGUAUCAUAGCUCCAGACGACUCGAACAUCUAUCUGAUCAGAACAAGCCGAAAGCCAACAGCCACCGUCAAAAUGUUCGCCCUUACACUAACAGCUGAGCUCAACGGGGUCACGAACCUCCGUCCCGAUGACAGCGAAGGCAACCCCUUCUGGUACACAUUCAAGGUCCAGUGCACUUCAUGCCGUGAAGUCCAUGACAAGCCCGUUGGUGUCAGCCGUUUUGAUGACAACGAGAUGAGUGGCAGCAGAGGCGAGGCCAACUUCGUCUGGCGGUGCAAAAACUGCAAGCGCGAGUCCUCAGCUUCCAUCAAGGCUGCGCCCGCACCUUACGCGCAGGGCGAACCCGCGAAGCAGCAGCAGCUUCUCGAAUUUGACUGCCGAGGUCUGGAGUUCACAGAGUUCAUCCCUGAAGGAGAAUGGCUCGCCGAAGGCAUUGAUUCGGGUAGCAAGUUCUCUGCCAUUGACCUUACCGAUGGGGAGUGGUAUGACUACGAUGAAAAGGCCGGAGAGGAGGUGAGCAUCAAGGAUCUGAAGUGGGAGAUCAAGCGUGCUUGAAGAAGCUCGACAGAGAUUUAUAGUACUGGUGUAUGGUGUUUGCUGUGGGAUGGCGAUGCGGUAUAGGGGAAUGUCGAAAGAAUUCGGCAUGUUUUUUGGCGUUUCUGAGCUCUUGUCUUGUGACAAUGACAUGUCUUAUUUGAGCAUGAUUUUCGGCAUUCACUAGUGAUCACCCACGGACGGGAU